AUGCUACGCGUACCUUCGUCAACAGGAGUGAGGUGGCUGGCGCGUCACUUUGCUGUGCAGGCCAAGCUCAAUCGUCAGCUCCGCCGGGUCUCAGAGGAAGAGUUCUUCGAACUCGCCAGAACGCAAGCGAAGGACAUGGACCUUGCGAAUGUCGUGGUCUCCCUCGGCCGCAUUGCAAAGAUGAGUGAUGCAUCCAGCGGCCUCAGUGACUCUGCCAAAACGGCAGAGUUGCUGCUGAGCAGCGCAACAAAUGGACUGGUUGCUUCCAGUAGCUCCUGGCAUAGCCUGACGAACCUGGGCUGGGCCCUUUGCCGUUUGGACGUCUCCGAUCAGCUACGCCAGGCAGUUAUGGACCAAAUCCUGCAGCGUGCAAUGGCUUUGGGCUUGGAAACUGCACCUGGACGUGAUCUUCCGGUGCUCCUUUGGGCAUUGGCCAUGGCCCAGCGACAAGGCACAGAGCUGGUGCUGACCUCCUUGCUCAAAGAUCUAUGGCGGACACUGCUUCUGCGCUUGUCAGAAGUGCCGCCGCAGGGCCUUGCCAUGCUGUUGUGGUCUUUUGCUGCCUUGGACUCGGACUGGCCCGUGCCCAAGCAGACCUAUGGCGCAGUACUAGAGCAGGUGGAGCGGGAAAUUGGCCAGCUUAAGGCUCGCGAAGUGGCAAACAUCACCUGGUCUGUAGCCACUGUACAGGCGGCAAUGCCAACAUGGCUGCUCGAAGAGCUUCCUGAACAUGCUGCACAGUUCGGCCCCCAGGAGUGCGCCAACGUCUUGUGGUCCUUAGCAGUCACCGCCCAGGUGGAGACCAUGGAGUCCUUGCUGCCCUGCCUGGACGGCGGAGUGGCCCUGGCAGACUUCAGCCACUGGAAGCCGCAGGAGAUGGCCAGCGCUGCUUGGGCUUUGGCCAUUGUGCUCCAACGGCGUCCAGGUCAAUCGAAUCGUUCGCGGCUGGAUCUUCUGGGGCGGCUCCGGCAAGAGGCGAUGGCCAAGGUGGAUGAGUUGGAUGGAAAGGAGCUGUCGAUGCUUUCCUCAGCUCUAGUGCCCGGAGAGGAUGAUAACCUGGCCACCAGGAUCAUGGAGCGGGCCAUGGGUUUGCAUGCGAAGUGCCAGCUGGCACCUGAUGCCGUGAUGCAACUACGAGAUCACCUGCACCGAAUGGGGAUGGUUUGCAGCCUGGAGAGUGCAGCUGAACAACUGGAGGAUGAGGCGCUGGAGUCGCUCAAGAAGGGCGACGACGUGGCCGCUGCCCUUCAACGCCUCAAGCUCACCUGCCUGGGUCAGCGCACCGAGUCCCUUUUGCGGCGCUUGGGCGUCACGGUUGGGGUGCCGGAUGAAGCAGCAGAAGAUUUGAGCCAAGCAGCGGCUUUUGGACAGGUCCUGUGCUUAGUGUCCUAUGCAUUGCAAUUGGGCGAUGAGAGCCUGACAGAAGCUGGGAGGGUGGUGGCCAGUGGUGGGAAGGCCAGCGGAGGAGUCCCUUUGAAAGCUGUCAUUCUGCGCUACCCGCGUGAGCGUGAUGCUGAAUUCCUAGCAUUGAGCUCGGUCCUGGAGACCUUGUCCCAAGUACCUGCUGUCUCGCUGCGGGACGUCACCGGCCAGCUGCAGCUGCAUGUCACCCAUACCCCUUGCCUUAGCUGCGUGUGGGCUAUGGUGCAGUUUCGAGAGGCGUGUCCGAACGUGCAGCUCCAAGUGACCUUUGACAGCGGCUGA